AUCGCCUCGACCAGUUUCAUGAUCUUCCGGCUAUUUUCUCCUUCUCUUCUAUUUCUUUUUUCUCUCUCGCUUCUCAUCCACUUUCGUUUUUCUCCCGAAGCAUUCCCUCGUUGAUUGUCUUCCAGCAACAGGCUUGCUUUUUCUUAAAAUCUCCUCCGUGAUCACUGCAAUCCUAGAGCUUCACUCUCCGUCCUUUCUGCUCUGAUAUCAUCCUUCUCUCCAUCAAACUCCCACCUGCCCAGGCCGCCAUCCCAUCCCUUUCGUCGUGUUGGGAAUCCUCUCUUCCUUUGUCGCUUCCCCCUUCUUGGAAAUCAAGGCUGCUUUAUCGACCGUUCUUGGAUAUUCUGGGUCCGCCGUCCUUGCUUCCUUGGCUCGCCCUACCUGUCCGCCGGUUAUUUUUGGACAUCCAAUUCCUGUCUUUUAUCUUUUUUAUUAUUAUUUAUUUAUUCUUUUCAGAACCCACUCAUUGCGCGUAUUGGCUCGAUUGUCUUCGUGCGCCUGUCGCUACUAUUGUCUCGGAUCCGGUGCUUGUGCUCUGACGGCCUCCAUCUCACUCGCCCCGUCUCGACUGAAUCGCUUCUCAUGGCGUGACGCCUUGAUAUAACUUCCUCCCAACCAGUGUGAAAAAGGCACCCGAUGUCGCCCAUGUGAUAAAAGUACUUGCUUUCCCUCCCCAAUUGCUGUCUUCCUUGUCAUCAGUUGUCUGUUUUUACGGCUUUUUUUUCACUCUACCGAACCUCUCCCCGGACUCCCGACUAUGACCGGACACCCCGAAAAGAAACAACGGCGCAAGAGCCUGGGCAUGUUCAGCGCAUCCCCGGCGCCUUUGACCCGCCCUGAAUUCCACCACCGAUCCUCGUCCGAUGACCAUCAUGCCUUGAAGGGCAAGCCCCGUCCCAAUUCUGGCUUCUUCGGCGGACACAACCCAAGCAGCUCAUACCCUGGCCAGGUCCAGCGUAUUUCCGAUGGGACAGAGUCGGAAACACCAUUCAGUGCUGUCCCGGAGGCGGUCCCACGGCCAGGCCCGAUGCCCCGACGCAAAUCACUGUUGAGAAAACGUAGGUCCGUAUUUGGCUCCUUGCGCUCACAGAAUUCUCUUGACGAUGGCGAUGCCUCCGGAAGACGCUCCAAGGUUUCAUCUAUUGGCGAUGAUGAUUCCAGCCUAGGCGUAGGAUCCGCUGUAUUGCACCAUGGAGAGGUCCAGACGACCGGGGGAAUGUGGAGGAAGAAGAGCCAGUACCUGGUCCUCACCGACACACAUCUGAUUCGCUUCAAGAGUCAGAACAAGGCCUUAGACGCAUUCCCUUCAAUAGCAGCCUCGUUCACUCACGCCCUCCCCGGAAGCCGCCAGUCGUCCGUAUCGAUCGGUUCGAUGCAGGAUAUGCAUAUGGUAGCCCACGACACUGCUGCAGGAAUCUCCCUUUCCAGUAUCAUUGCGGUGUAUGCCUUGGACGACGGCCGACUCUCGUCCAUCGUCGAAGUAGCCUACCUGGACGAGCGUACGCACAAGACAGCCCUGAUCCAGAUGCAUAUGCCCGAUCCCCAGGAGCUGAAUCUGUGGAUGACUGGCAUUCGCUCCGCGGCACGGUUUGCCCGCUCUGUCAACCCGUUGCCCAUAGAUCAGAUGUCUGUCGACUACGUUGUCAGUGUGCUGGAACAUGAGAAAGAUUAUGAUCCGGUGACUUUUCGCCUCUUCCGGGUCCUUCAGAUGGCUUCUACAAAGUCCUCUGGCGGAUCAUCCGAGGAUCUCACCAAACUGUCCCCGACAGGCUGUUAUCUUGCCGUUGGAUCACACAAAAUUCACUUGAUCCCCCUUCACAAAGCUUCCCACCGUGGCUCCCUUACGUCGUCAAGCGAUCUGGAUGCGGCAUCGCUGUCUUUUGGGCUGAUGACAUUGACCGGUCUGUCGAUGGAGUGGGGUGACGAUAGCCUACAUCUAACUUUCCGCAUUCCACUUUGCAAACCGUUUUCAGUGUUUCUUGCGUCCGUCCAUGCUACCGAGAUAGCUCUUUGGAUAAGACAGUACUGUGAAUUCUUACGACCGCUUUGGAUAAAUCAACCGUGUCAUUUUAUAACCCCCCGCGAACUGGAUAAUGAUGACAACCUGCUGCCAUUGAGCUUAAUGGAGGAAGAGGAGGACUACGGCUGCUUUGAUCGCACUCUGGUCGCUUAUUCGGCCGGUUAUGAUAUCGAUACCUCCAACAUCCGGUAUACUAUCGACAUGCAAUGCGACGACGCGCCGUGUUUCAAGCUUUUGCCACCAGCUUCACUCAGUAGUCAGAACUAUACAGCCCUUGAGCUGAUUGCAGUGAUGAGAGCGCUGCGGUACAAUGACUCUUUCCGGACCAUAUCCUUUAGCGGCAUCAGUUUGGAUGCGCUCCGUGGUAUUCGCGACCCGUAUGGUCCUGACAAAGAUGCAUUUACCACCCGCGCGGGAUCGCGGGUUUCUAUUCCAGGGCAAGAGAACCUGUCUGUUUUGUCACAGGAGAUACGCGCAUUAGCUUUGAAGAGCAAAUGGCUCAGGCGACUUGACUUUUCAUACUGUCUAAAACGGACACCAUCCUCGGAUACGGGUUGUGAUAUCCCAGAGGCUAUCUUCCCUAUAAUUCGGCGGGAGUUACUGACGUGCGUUGAUUGGGUCGCCUUGAAUGGGAUCAAACUGGGUGAAUCGGACCUCGACUAUCUGGUCGACGCUGCCUCCCAGAGGGGAAGUCAUCUUCGGGCACUUGAAGUAGGCAACUGUGGCUUAUCCAUCCAUAAUCUCGAUUUGCUCCUCUCGACAAUAGUAGCACAGGAAUCGACUCUGGAGGCUAUCGAUAUCUCGGGGAUGCAAGGUCGUCUUAGCCCCGAUACACUCCAACAAUAUUUCGGUUACUUUAAUCAGCUGCGUAAGGUGGACCUGUCGUGCAUCUCUAGGACUUCGGGUCCCGACCCCCUUAUCACCAAGGAUAUGCUCCUUAAUUGGCGAUUGGAGGAGUUAUCGUUGAACCGGACAACAGUUAACCAAGAGACAACUCGCUCGAUUGCAGCCUACUUGGCCAGCGAUAAAUCUCGGAGCCUACGUGUUCUGCAGAUGAACCAGUGCGGUCUGACAGGGGAAGAUGUGGCAAUGCUAUUGCGCUCUAUAGCAAGCAAUGGCGGAGCCCAGAGAAACUUGCAUGUUUAUGUCAAUGAGAAUAGACUCGACACUGGUUGUCCGCAUCUUUCUGAUGCUAUCGCUAGAGACCAAACACCGUCCUUCCUUUCGAUGAGAAUGAUAGAUUUCAAAAGGGAGGAGCAUUUCCGCCAACUGGUCGAGGCUGUGAGAAAUAAUAAAUCGCUGAAAUUCUUGGAUAUUUCCAAAGCGUCCCUGCCAUAUGAUGCGGGUCCAGAGACAUGCAAGUCUCUGCAGAUGAUGUUCGAAGAUAACGACACGCUAGAAGACCUGGAUAUCAGCGGGGAUAGCGCGCAUCUGGAUGUGGCUAGAUUCGGAAUUGGGCUUAAUCUGGCAUUGACAGGUCUGAAAAAGAACAAAUCACUGAAGGUGUUACGUAUCGAACACCAGAAGCUCGGGUUUCAGGGUGCCAGCACCCUGGCAUCUGUGUUGGAAGAAAAUACCUGCCUCCGCGAGGUCCACUGUGAAAACAAUGAGAUGAAUCUGCAAUCGUUUACCGUUCUGGUCAAUGGUCUGGAGAAGAAUAAUUCACUGUUCGUUCUCUCUUGCAUGGAUGGAGACAGGAUCAGGUCUCUUGAACGGAUACGUCGAGAGAUGGAAUCUCUAACUCGAGAAUCUUCCGGCCGUCCACAGAACCCUCCGACAGGCUCCUCGACAACCUCUCUGCGCCGGACAAUCUAUGCCGCUGUCGGCCAGGUUGGAGGAGGCAACAAGUUGACUAAGAAUGCUAAUUCUGCUACCAAUGCGCGUAACGGGCACCCUUCUAGACCUGCGAGGAUUAGCCCUCCUUCUUCCGAACUCCUUGAUCAACCUGCGUGCCAGGAAAUCGAACGUGUGCUCCUUUCCCUGACCGAAAAAUGGGACUCUGAGGUUGUCCGUUUACACGGAUAUCUUUCUCGGAAUUAUAACCUGGCCCAUGGGUUAGAUGAGAAAUCCUACGAAGAUAUUGGCGUUGGAUACAUCGAUGAGAAGCCCUUUGAACUUCCGCUGGCUACCGACAUAAGUCCGAGGAUGUCGCUGGAUUAUGAAAAAUUUCUGGCUUCAAGUGAGGUUCCUCCUGCCCCAACUAAUGAUGCAGUCGGUGCUGCCGAAGAGAUGGGUUCCAGACCAUUGUCACCACUGACGACAGAGCCUCCAACCAGCGGAGUUCCCACCGGGUCCUCGGUGAUAACCAGUGUCGCUGAAGCUAAGACGGCGGAUGUGACAGAUUCCGCCCUGAGAGGUGUGCUGUCAAUGCUGAAUCGCAAUAACGCGGAGGAAAAGAAAGAAGAGUUGCUCUUCGACAGUGAAUUCGCUGCUAGUUUCAGCUCCAUACGCCAUGAUAUCAAACUCGACGAGCAGUGGCGUCCGAGGACAGCUCCACUGUCUCCAACCCAUCCUCCAGCCCCUGCGAGUACCUUGCCUGGAUCCUCGAGAGGACGUGCGCAACCACCACCCACCAAUGGUGCUCAUAAACCUGGAAGCGCUCGAAGCGCCUCUGGCUCCGCGACCAGUAACAGUACGGGGUCGAGUUCAAGGAGCCUAUACCCCUCGGCGCUCAAAGGGCUUGUCAGCAAGAGUGCUUCCAGGGAGAAAAAGAGAAUGGAAAAAUUGAGAAAUAUUAAACCGAUAUCCAACGAGUCGAAUGUGAAAUCCUACAGCGAGCGACAGCCAAAUCCGCCACAGCUGGACUGGUCCCCGCCCAAGCUUGAUUUGAGUUUCAGCAGUACAUAAUGAUCUGCAUACAGUACAUAUGUUCAUGCAUGUAUAGAUCCUUUCCUUCAUUUCCCCCUUUUUCUGACUAUGAUCAUUACUUUUUGUCUACUUUCUUCCUUUUCCUUCAUGUCCAGGAAAGAACAUAUUACCCAACUCAUCUGAGCAAUUGAAGAUACCCACCCAAAAGCACAGCAAUGCUGAAGAUAUAACCAGCAUAUGACUCCAACCAGCGCGCAGUGUCUUGUCUACAUGAUCAUUUUCUCCCCUUUCACGUUAUUUCUUUCUUUAUUCAACCCAUCUGCAGCACACAGCUCCAGUCGCUCUUCUUUUUUUAUUGUUCUUUCUAUGAUGCCUAUAUACCUAAGACAAUAUUCUUUUUUUUUUUUCUUUUUGACUUUUCUUACCUGGAUGUAUAUGCAUAUCUCUCUCUAUAUGGGUAUGUACUUAUUGAAUUUGGCGAUAUUGGAUUGGAUUGGAGUGGGCUGGCCUGGGCUCUGCAUCAUAUAUUAUAUUGGCAUGUAACAAUGUGUUUUUCGGUGUUAUUGCAGAUUGAUUACUUAUUAGGUAGCUAGAUAUGGAGUCUAUAUUGGUAUUAGGUGGGUAGGUUAGCUUAGUGAAUAUAUUGUUAAGUGAGAAGACGAGAUGGCUAUAUAAAU